UAUAAAGAAAAAAAUUUAUAUCUUAGUAAAACCAAUACAUUCUUCUCUACACUAUAAAUCUAAAAUUUAGAACGUUAAAUUAUACUUAUUAUAGUAAUCUACUAGAUCGCGCUAUUAUGAAAGAAGUUUUUUAAGGCACGGACUUUGAGAAUUGGUUAUCACUUUUUACACAGGUAACAGGUUAGCGAUUUAUGUUAUCUAAUAUCUAUGGUUGGCGGCAAGGUGUAUUGAUCCACCUUAGUUGGCGGUUUGCAAAUGUUUUCAAUGGUGUAAUUUCUGGUCAGAACACUUCAAGUAAACUAAUAACUAAUAAGUAAUUUUAAUUUAAUUAGGUAUGACGUUUGAAAACUUGGCCAAGGACCAUACGUGAGUUGAUGGUUUAAUUAAUUAAGGGAUAAGUUACUCGAGUAUAUAUUAUACAAUUCAUUUUUUUAAACUAUUAGUUUUGUCUCUGGAUUUAAGUUGCUGAAUAAUGUUGAAAAUAACAAAUUCUUCAAUUUGAUCGAUAAGAUGAUGAAAGAUUUCAAUCCUAAUAAAUCAUCGAUGUUUAGAGAACAAGAACUGUUAUCAAUGGAGACAUCGUUGAAAUUGGACAGUGAUUUAUGUAGUAAUUUACUGAAUAGCUUAAAUCGUUUAUUGAGACAAGUAAAUAAUUUUCCAAAAAUGUGAAAGAAACACAUUGUUUAAAUAUUUAUGUUAUUGUGGUCAGGUAGUUAGUGAUAUGACCAAACCAGCUGUACUGAAAAAUGUAUUAUCCGAACUUUUUUUAUUAGACAUGAAAAAAGUUGAAUUGUUUUGUGAAUGUUGGACCGCUAAUGUUGAACAAAUUGUAUCAAGACUUCAGCAAAACUUUACUCAUUCAUACAGGGUGAUUAUAAUUUGAAUAUGUUUACACUGUUUCCUAAUCAUGUCAAAUAUUAAUAAUAUGAAAUUGCCUAAUGUUUUUUUUUCCUGUAAAUAUGUUUCAUUUAGCUAAAGGAUGUAAAUUGGGCUUUGAAUAUUUCGUCAAAUGUUGGAAUCGAAUUAUCAAAUCCAGAACCUAGAUGUUUAAUAGAAUUAAAAGUUGAAGAUAGUCAGCACCGUGAUAAUCAUAAAAUUAAUGAAAUAUUUUUGGAUUUUAACGAAGAAGAUUUGAAGAAAUUUUACGACAUGCUAGAAACUAUCAAAGUAAAGUUAAAUACUUUACCUUAACAAUGAUUAAAUCUCUUAGUUUUAACAGAUUAAAUUAUAAUACCAUAAUUAUAUUGAUUUGAAAUCUAAAUGUAUGAUAAUUAACUGUUGGUAUAUAUCUAAUUAUUAUAUUUUACUUAAACAUGUUUUAAUAGAAACAAUUUCAUACAAUUCUAUCACAAUGUACAGAAUAUUCGACUAAUGCAAUAAUUUGUUUUGUUAAUAUUUUAAUAUUUUUGUAUAAUAAUUACUUAAGUCUCGAACUAUGAAUUAUGGUUCGUUAGAUUAUUGCAAUAUUUUGAAGUUCUCAAAAAUAUUUUUUUAAAUUUACAUAUUUUAAUUUUAGUUUUAAAACAUAAAAAAUAAAUAAAGGAAUUAUAAUGUAAGGCUUUAAUAAUUAUAUAAAAAAAAAAAAAUUGAAGAUAUAACAAAUAUAUAGAACAAAAGUGUAUGUUGAAUCUUUAUGGGACCCUUGAUAAUGAGAACUAUAACAAUCAGUUGAUAAAUUAUACCUGCUAAAUAAGUUACGAGUAGUAUACCAUUGUAUCCAUUUAUUAUUUAUUAAUAAAACAUAUAAGAGCAUAUCCCGUUGAAAAGGAAUUUACAUGUUUACUUAUUAAGUUAUCACUGAAGUCGGAAAUUGUAUACUUAAAAAUAUUUGUAAUGAAUGUAUAAUGUUUGGUGAAAGUAAGGAAUUUGUGUUUCAUAACCUGUAUAAUUGAUCAAAAUUGGUUUUUUUUGCAUACUAGUGCGUAUUUUGAAAUUGGAGAAUAUUUAGCAUAUUUCACUAUUGGAUUAUAUUAAAAAUAUUCUGUAGUUUUUAGUUUCUGAAAUCUCAUGUCAAUCUACAUGUUGAUUCAUACAGAUUACCGUACCCAAGAAGACAACACAUUACUCCAUACUUAUCAAAAUUUACAAACUUGACCAUUCAAUAAAAUUAUUCAAAUCAUAUUGAAAUUUCUAAGUCAUUAAAGGUAGACAACUUCACAAAUCAUAUUUGAGUUAUUAUGUUUUUUAUUGUCUAUGACAUUCAAAUUGAAAUAUUGAAUUUUGUAUUAAAUUUACAUUUAAACUACUUAAAUGACCAUUUUUCUCUUUUCAAAAAAUGUUGUUUAACAUAAAAAAAAUAAAAUAUUUAUUGACAUUACCUUUGUUUAAAACAACUAAUUGUGUUUAUUAAAAAUAAACUGAAUUGAAUUCAUCUUUAAAAAAUGAUGAAAGGAUUAAAAACCUAAUAUUCAAUACCAGUGACGCUACCAGGAUUUUUUGAAGGGGGUGUCACUUUUCUACAUAAAAAAAAAUUAUGUUUUUUUUUCUACUCCAAUAAAUUUAUUUUACUUAUACAUGAAUAGAGUGAGAUAUAUAGACACAUAAAACACCCCACCUUUGGUUGCGCUAUUGUCCAAUACAAUAGUUAUAUCAAUGUUUUUAUUAAUACUAAUGUUCAAGUCAUUUUUCUAACUAUAGUCUACUCACAAUAUAUAACGAAUUUCAAGAGACCGAGGAAAAUUUUGAACGUAUCAACUUUCUAAUUUCAUUAGAUUUAUAAUUUUUAAUAAUUGUUUAAAGUUCAGAAAAAAGAAUCGUAUUCACUUAGCCAUAAUAAUAAUAAUUAAUUAACAAAUGUGAUUACAGCCCGCUACAUAAUUAUACGUACUUUUCUCUGAACAAAAAUAAUUAAAUCACAAAUUUAAUAAAGAAUUGAACCUUAGAAGAAUUAAACUCUAAAACGGCUAUUUUCACAUUUUUCAAAAAUAAUAAAAUACAAAACUAGGUAUUUUUUUACCAAAACAUAACAAUUUAAUUAAAAUAUAUUUAUAGUCCUUUACCUGCAAGUAAUAUAAAGAGAACACCUAAAUUUGAUUAUCAUUAUUAUCUCAGAAGAUAUUUCAAUGGUUAUAUCUUCGUGGGACACCUAUAUGACAAAUUUACAUGCUAUGAUCCUUAAAAAGUGUAUUCUAUGUUCAGUUAAUUAAGACAUAUUAUAUUUCUUAAUUUAUUGUUUACAAUAUAAAGAUCCAAACAACUUUUUUCUAAUUUAUUUUUUUUUUUAGGGGUUGCUUACACUAACUAUGGGUAAAGUUUUAGUUUUAGUAAUAUAGGUUAGGUAAUAAUAAAUAGGAACUAAUGAUGGACCACUUACAAGCAAUACUUGAAAAAAACUGUAGCCAUACUAGAUCUAUUUAUUGUGUACUUACAUUUUGGAUCUCUUAAUAAUGGGUUCUCAUCAGACUUAUCUGGAGUAUUCAAUAAUUAUCAUGAUUUUCACUUUUGUCAAAUUCUUCUUUUUGUUUUUUAUAUUUAGAAUGAUGUAUCAUUGGCAAAAAUUGUUUGUUUUUUUCAAAGUUGAAAUAAUAUUAAGAAAAUUUAACAUAUUCUCAAAUUCUCAUUUCUAAUUACACAUUUUGCAUAUACUAAACAACAAAUUAAAAAUGUAUCUAAUGGUAAUUUUGAGACAUUGUUUGCUAUUUUUAUCUAGUAUUAAUCUACAAUACAUACCAACAAUAAAUAAAAUGUAUAGAAUUAUUUUUUUCAACAUGGUUUGUUAAAUAUCACCAUCAUCGGGGGGUUUCUGACUAAAAAAGAAAUCUGCUGAUACCACUGGUGUCAUAUAUAUAUAAAAAUGGAUCCCUGUUUCCCUUGGUCAUCGCAUUACGCCUGAACGGCUGAUCCGAUUUUGUUAAUUCUUUUUUUGUUGUGUUUGUAAUUGUCAGGAGAAGGUUUUUAUGUAAUACAAUUUUAAGAAAAUCCACUGGAAAAGUACAGAAUUUGAAUGUAAAAACAUCACUGUCCAGUAAGAAAAUAAACUAUAUUUUUGUUUAUUGUAAGGGUGCUAUUGGUUAUGAUUGAAUAUAAUAGUUGUAGACUUGUUAUAUUUUGUCANGAAAAUAAACUAUAUUUUUGUUUAUUGUAAGGGUGCUAUUGGUUACGAUUGAAUAUAAUAGUUGUAGACUUGUUAUAUUUUGUCAAAACCAUAACAACAAAAAUAAGUAUUACCGAAAUUAAAAAAAAAAAAAACACGGAAAUCUCAAAUAAUCAUAGCAAUAGACUAAAAUACACGUUACUAAGUGAUAUACUUGGUUAUAAAGAAGAAUACAAUAGUUUUCUUUAAUUUACAGUUGAAUUUUUGUUUUUGAAAAUGCCAAAAAUUGGACGUACAAACUUAAGUCGCAGAACUCGCAAUGCUGCGCGAGUCAGAUAUACAAGAACAAGUCAAACUGACAAGCAACGCGAAGCACGGAAUGAAGUUGAAUGGAAUCAAUUUAAUUGAAAUCAAUAACAGAGAAAUGUUGCGUUUAACCCCUAUCAAGCUGCGUUCAAUUAUAACAUGGAAAUCGAUUACAGUACACAGCAAAUUGUUGCUAUUGGACCAAUCAAUUUAUGUUUAAAAAUGAAACUCUUGGAUUGUGUCACUUUUUUUUUUAUAAAUUAUACCAAUUCGAAUUCAAUAUUUAUAAUUAAAACAGGACAAUAUCUGUCGGGUCAGCUAGUCACUGAUAAAUUUAAGAAACUUCUGGUUAAGAAGAUGCUAAACAAAGUAGAGAAGCUACGUCCUCCUCCCUACUCAAAUUUAAGCACUGCUGACAGUUUGUUCAACAGUUUAACAAUACUGUUAUAUAACUACUAUUAAGAGAAAUUUGAACAUGUAAAACAAAUCAAUAGUUAAAGCUGAUAAGUAGACAUUUAUUAUUUUUUAUUAUUAUUGGAAUUUUUGAACACGAAUAAUAUAUUUAAUUACAUAUAAUCAAUAAAACAUAUAAUAAAUAAUGUAAUAAAAAUAUAUAAUUAAUAUGAACUUAUGAUUAUUGGGUAAUACAAAGCUAAUUAUGAAUUUUGAUAAAAUAGCACGUCAUAACAAAACAAUAUUGGUGUACUCAGGUACAAAAAAAAUAUUUUCAAACAAUUAUAUAUGUUUGCAAUAGAAAUAAAAACAAUAUAUUAAAAUGUGUAAUGUGUAUACAAAUAAUAAUAAUAUUUCCUAGGGCAAUUGUAACUCUUUAUCAUUUGGUAAUGGCUCAAAAUAUUUAUCUAUAACCUCAUUCUUAACGUCUUCAAGUGUUGACGGAGACCAUUUCGGAGUUUUGUCUUUAUCAAUUAACAAUGCUCUUACUCCUGUACGAAAGAAAAAACAAUAGGUAAUUAUUCUUCAAUUUUAUGAUAAUAUAUCACAUUUUUUUUAAGACAAACCUUCAUAAAAAUCUGUAGAAUAUUCGGCUUCUAUACAUCUAUAUGCUAAUCGGUAUUCCAUUUUUAAACAUUCAUCUAAACUCAGAUUUUUUCCUUUUAAUAUUUCUUUUCGGGUAAUUUUAAGUGCUGUAGGACUAACUUCUUUAAGCGUUUUAAGUAUUCCUUGUGCCCAUACAGAAUUAUCCUUAUACAGAGCAUCCAAAAUCACUUCAACUUUUUCAUUGGAAAAUAUCAAAUUUAUUUUCUCUAAAAAUGGUUCCAUAGAGAAUUUAAAAUUAUCUAAGUUUUCUGUAUUUUCUUUGAGAAUUAUUUCUGGAUCUCGGAUGUCUUCAAUCAGUUUAGUCUUUAAACUUUUUAUUUCAGAACUAUUAACAUAAUGUGUUGCAAUACCUACUUUAGCAACAUCACUACCUUUUAACCUAACUCCAGUCAAACCUAACAUAACUCCUAAAUAGUUUUCCAUUUUAGGUAAAAUAUAACUACUACCAACAUCACAAAACAAUCCAAUUGCUGUUUCUGGCAUAGCAAAUAAUGUCUUUUCAGUUGCCACUCUAUACUUUCCAUGAACAGAUAUUCCAACACCUCCACCCAUUGUAAUACCAUCAAUCAAUGAAAUGUAGGGGAUUUUAUAUUUACCAAUUAAACUGUUCAUUGAAUAUUCAUGUUUAAAAAAUGCAGUACCUUUUUCUAGUGAUGUAGUACCUACACCAUUUUCUGUAAUAGUUUUAACAUCUCCUCCAGCACAAAAUGCUUUCUCACCAGCUCCUUCAAUAAUCACCAUUCGAACUUGUGAUUCGUAUUCCUUGAGUUUUGGAUACAUUUUAUUAACCAUUGAUUUAUUGAGAGAAUUUAACACUUUUGGUCUGUUCAAAGUAAUUAUACCAACAUCGUUUUUAACUUCAAACAGUACAUCGUCCAUAACAGUUGAUAAAUGCCUUUUAAACCGCCACACAUUUGAUGAAAUCUUUAGGUGAGAAAAAAAUAUCAUCUGUA